AUGUCGUCAAUUUUAUCCGAUAAAAAAAAUUCUGAUGAAAAGAACCCUGAGACAGAUUGUGAUUCCACUGUUAAUAGUUCAGUUAUAAGUAUUGUAAGCGGUCCAAAUGCCGAGAAAUUAAGUCCAACACAACAAACUUGUCAGUUAGUUGCGAAAGGUGCGUUUGUUUCACACCCCUGCAGAUCCACAGCAACAAGUCCUAUCAUUCCCAGUCAAGUACAAUUGACACCAUUGCAAAUAUCACCCAUAUCUAUGCAGUCACAAUCCACACCUACAUCGCCGAUAGGCACACAAACCAACCAAUAUGAAUCACGAGAAAUAUUACAAAAAAUCGAGACAAAAUCUAAAGAAAUGUCAGAAGAAUACAUUCAAUACGAACGCGAACGUAGACGCAAUUACGCGAGAUUAUUAAGAGAGAAAAAACGAGCCCAUGUAAAAGAGCUUGAAGAUAGAGCGGCUUUUCUCGAAAAAGAAAAUAAACGUCUUCGCAAAAAUCUUGAAAUAUAUCAUGCUAGAUUGGCAUACGCGGGUAUCAUCUCGACUCCAUUUAAUAAUGAUAUAUCAUUCAGUGACAUGAAUAUAUAUAACUCAACGAACAAUUUUGUUCCCUGUGUAAGUACAGUACCUGAAUUUAGUUUCCUGCCGCUGGAAAAUAAUAUCACCCCUGAAGAAAUAUUAAAUAUGCCAAUGGGUUUUAAUGAUCUUAAUGGUGAUAAUUUAAUUGAGGAUAAAGAUCAAGACCUUGGCUAUUUUGGACGUUAA